AUGUCUCUUCGUUAUGUUCAAGCAAUGCAGCGUUCUUUUUCGGCCGUGGUUAGGUCGAGAAUCCUCAGCCACCAGAGCGACUUUCGAUCGAUAUCACGAGGUUGCGACGUGUUCAUAAACCACCGAGGCAUCGACACCAAAAAAAACGUAGCUGGAUUGCUCUUCGAUCAUCUUACUCGAAUUGGGCUUCGACCCUUUUUAGAUAGCAAGAAUAUGAGACCUGGAGAUAAGUUAUUCGAUGAGAUUAAAGAAGGGAUCCGGAGUUCUAAGAUCGGGAUUGCCGUGUUUUCGCCACGGUAUUGUGAGUCUUAUUAUUGUUUGCAUGAACUUGCCAUGAUGGUGGAGAAUAAAAAGAAGAUCAUACCGAUCUUCGUCGACGUUCGACCGUCUGAGCUUCAUGUUAAGUAUAGCCAUAGCUGCCCGGAAAAUGAGCUGCAGAGAUUCAAUUGGGCACUUGGAGAAGCCAAAUACACCGUUGGACUCACUUUCGACUCCAUUAAUGGGGAUUGGUCCAAGCUGUUGAGAAAAGCUUCAAACGCCGUCAUUGAUAAUCUGAUCGCGAGCGAAGGAGUUCCGAUGUCGGAUAAUCAAGCAGCGUAA